AUGGAGGGCGCAGGUGGCGCGGCAGGUGUGAUUUCUGAUGCUCCCGAAGGUGAAGCCGAGGCCGAGGCCGCUCCCGAAGCCGAAGCUGAGGCUCCUGAGGCCGCAGAGGCCGCAGAAGAGGAAGAAGAGGCUCCGGAGGAGCCUGUUCCAGCCAGCCACGCUGGCCACGCUGGCCAUGCCAGCCAGGCAGGCCACGCUGCUCGCGCAGGCCAUGCAGGCCACGCAGGCCAUGCUGGUCAGGGCAAGUGGGCAGAGCUCCACAAGCAGGGCGCAGCAGGCGCCGGCAAGAAUGUCGACUUUGCUGGCAAGCAUGGCGGCAAGUCGGCUGGCAAGUGGGCUGGCAAGGCCAAACGUGCGAACGCAACAGAGACUGAUGCCGUGGCUGUGAUGAUCGAGAGGUUCUUGAACAAGAAGGCCCCGCCCAAGAACGAGGCGGUGUCAGACCAUGCACCCCUGGUCUUCAUGCAUCAGCACAGGGCAGGCGGCACCACUAUGCGAAAGCUGCUCUACAACAUGUCAGUGAACCUGAAGCUGAAUCCCCACAUCAUGUGCUCAGGUGGAGUUUCUUGCAGGGAGUUCAAGAACACUGGUGAUGAGAAAGCCGCGGUCUACGGGGGGCAGUUCUGCUGGAGGGA